AUGCAGACCCUUUCACUCCUCCUCGGCAUCCUAGCCGCAACACAAGACCUAGCCCUAGCAAAGUCUACACCAAAAUGGGGCCCACGAGAAUUCAAGAACCUGGUCACCUUCGGCGACAGCUAUACUGACGACACGCGAGCAUCGUACUUCUACGCGCACAACGCAUCCGCACCACCAGUUGGAUGGACGCAACCCGAGUCCAACUCCUCCGCCUCCGGCGGCUACAACUGGGGGCACUACGUAGCGACAGCCACAAACGCAACGCGCCACAACUACGCCGUCAGCGGCGGCGCCUGCUCGAACAAAAUCACGCCGCGCACCAUGUCCGGGCUGAACAUCUCCUAUCCCUCGGUCCUGGAGUAUGAGAUCCCGGCCUUCCUGGCAGACAAACAAUACGUCGACGCGCAGGGGAACCAGUUCCUCGACAUCCCGGCCGAGGACACCGUCUACGCCAUCUGGAUCGGGACGAACGAUCUCGGCAAUUAUGCCUUCCUGACUGAUUCCCAGGUCCGGGGGAGGGUCAUCCCGGACUACGUGGACUGCGUGUAUGAGGCGCUGGAUCGCGUCUAUGAGAGCGGUGCGCGGUACUUUGUGGUGAUGAACUUGGCUCCGUUGCAGUUGACGCCGCAGUAUGCGUUGCCGAGCGAUGGGGGCGUGGAGAGCGUCUCGUGGUGGCCGGAUAAGCCUGCGAAUCAGACCCUGACUAGUUACCGGAUGUGGGAGCAGGUGGUUACUGUGAAUCAGGUUUUGAGGUAUAGGACGCCGUUUGAGGUCGAGGUUGCCGAUAGGUAUCCGGGGGCUGGGGUUGCGGUUAUGGAUAUGUAUGGGUUGUUAUCUGAUAUCUACUAUAACCCGGAUGAAUGGUUCGGAGACGUGGGUGCCAAUGUCACCGGGUUCGUGAAGCAUUGUAAUGCCGAUGGCGAGGAGUGUGUUCGGCUGCCCGAUGAAGAGAACUUCAUGUGGUUUGACGAGCUGCAUCCGUCGCAGACGACGGACAGGUUUAUUGCAGAGGAGUUUGUGAAGGUGGUUAAUGGGGAGAGUGAGUGGGCGACGUAUUGGUGA